AUGGAGAACGACACAGGAAUGGAGGACGACACAGGGAUGGAGGGACGACACAGGAAUGGAGACGACACAGGAGUGGAGGACGACACAGGGAGUGGAGGGACGACACAGGAGUGGAGGAGGACACAGGAGUGGAGGACGACACAGGAAUGGAGGAACGACACAGGAGGUGGAGGACGACACAGGGUGAGAGGGCGACACAGGGUGGAGGAGGACACACAGGAGUGGAGGACGACACAGGAAUGGAGGAACGACACAGGGUGGAGGGACGACCAGGAGUGGAGGACGACACAAGAGUGGAGGGAGGACACAGGAGUGGAGGACGACAUGGGAAUGGAGAACGACACAGGGUGGAGGACGACACAGGGUGGAGGACGACACAGGGUGGAGGACGACACAGGAAUGGAGAACGACACAGGGAGUGGAGGGACGACACAGGAGUGGAGGACGACACAGGGAGUGGAGGACGACACAGGAAUGGAGAACGACACAGAGGUGGAGGAGGACACAGGGGUGGAGGAGGACACAGGGUGGAGACGACAGAGAUGGAGAACGACACAGGAAUGGAGAACGGACACAGGAUGGAGGGACACAGGAAUGGAGGACGACACAGGAAUGGAGAACGACACAGGCGUGGAGGGACGCCAUGGAAUGGAGGGGACGACAGAGAUGGAGGACGACACAGGAUGGAGGACGACACAGGGUGGAGGACGACACAGGGAUGGAGAACAGGCACAGGGAGUGGAGGACGACACAGGGAUGGAGGACGACACAGGCGUGGAAGGGGACACAGGAAUGGAGGACGACCUGGGGAUGGAGGAACGACACAGGGUGGAGGACGACCAGGGGUGGAGGGACAGGCACAGGAUGGAGGACGACACAGGGAGUGGAGGACGGCUGAGAAUGGAGGAUGACACAGGGUGGAGGGGACGACACAGGAAUGGGAGCGACACAGGAGUGGAGGACGACAGGGAAUGGAGGACGACACAGGGGAAUGGAGGACGACACAGAAUGGGAGGGACGACACAGGAAUGGAGGACUGACACAGGAAUGGAGGACGACACAGGGAAGGGACUGACACAGGGAUGGAGGACGAAGCCUGAGAUGGGGACGGCACAGGAAUGGAGGACGACCUGGGGAUGGAGGCGGUGGGAGAGGAGGAGGACGACACAGGGUGGAGGACACAGGAAGAGGGAACGACACAGGAGUGGGAGGACGACAGGAAUGGAGGACGACACAGGGGUGGAGGACAGGCAGGGAUGGAGGGAGACGACACAGGUGGAGGACGACAUGGGAGUGGAGGACGACACAGGGGAUGGAGGACGAGCGAGAGAUGGAGGACGACCUGGGAUGGAACGACCAGGAGUGGAGGACGACACAGGGGUGGAGGGACGACACAGGAAUGGAGGGAGCACACAGGAAUGGGGGAACGACACAGGGGUGGAGGACAACAGGGGAAUGGAGGACGACACAGGAGUGGAGGACGACAUGGGAAUGGAGGAGACGACACAGGGUGGAGGACGACACAGGAAUGGAGGACGAGUGGAGGACGACACAGGAGUGGAGGACGACGCAGGAGUAGAGGACGACACUGUAAUGGAGGACGACACAGGAGUGGAGGAGGACACAGAAGUGGAGGACGAUACAGGUGGAGGGGGACACAGAAGUGGAGGACAACACAGGAGUGGAGGACGACACAGGAGUGGAGGACGACACAGAAGUGGAGGACGACGCAGGAGUGGAGGACGACACAGGGUGGAGGGGGACACUGGAGUGGAGGACAACACAGGAGUGGAGGACAACACAGGAGUGGAGGACGACACAGGAGUGGAGGACGACACAGGAGAGUGGGAGGACGACACAGAAGUGGAGGACGACGUGCAGGAGGGAGACACAUAG